CCGCGGUUCACCCACGUGGCCGCCGAAGCAUGACCAAUGGGCUGAGACAGACAUUAGUAAACAUGGUGGAUAGACGUUUAACUCGCGUGACAAGUAGUUUAAUAUAGCACGUUACUGCGUUGUCAUUCAUUUUCUCUAUAUGGGAGUGAUAUACACAUGUAUUACAAAUCUUCAACAUCAGAUGACUAUUCUUGACACACAAUUCCGAGACAUUAACUCAUAAGAUGGCGGAUUGUUCUGAGAGUGUUCCGUGGAUAUCACCAGGAUUGUUGACUGGAUUCGUUGACAUGUAGUUGUAUACCAGCUCAUGUAUCAUUACAUAACCCAAUCUGUCGAUUCAUUAUACCGUGUGACGGAGUUGUGAAUCCAAAGCUAGUAAUGGAAGAUCUAGCCGCAAGAUAUAAAUAUGUACUGAGGUGUAAAGUUAAUUUGGCUUGUUUGCUUAAUGUAUACACAGUGUGUGAUUAUACAUUGUGAACAAGUAAACUGACAGUAUCGCGUUCAUAUCUUGUAAAGAAAAGUGCAAUAUCGAUAGGUGUGUUCUUGAACGGUGCUCUGUGACAUCGACAAUCUCCAGUUAGCGAUGACAGCUACACUAUUGAAACACUAAUAAGUCACAUUUUAUAUGAGAGCACCGUGUGGAUUAUAAGGACCACAACUGGACAACAUCGCAAGAUGUUCUUGCUGCAGUUAUCCUCAGCUGAAACUAGCGUGAUAUCCAUAAAACACUGAUGUCAUAUUUCCAACAAGAAGGAACUAUAUUGUAUCAAAGGAAUAUAUCUUUAAAAAACACAAGACAACUAUGGACAAUUACUUUCACGAAAUAUAUUUAAAGCGAUGUUGAGGUGGAAAGUUAAUGUUGUGAAGAAGUCUCACGAUCGUGUGACCACAAAUUUCACAUGGAGUACCCAAUCAUUCACUUUACGUGGCAUCGAGGCAGCAUUUAAACUGCCCUGUGUGGUCAAGUGUUGUUACGAAUCCUGUCCAUUGGACUGGGAAGACUUUCACUUUGACCUCUCACAGCCAUUGUUGCUCCACAGCUUCCGAAGGGUCAAGAAACUUCGCGUCAGAUGUGUCAAGAAAAAUGCAAGUGGUCAGUCCGAAGCAUUUGGUCCAGUUCUGGUCAUUCCAGAAGAUUACGAUGGUUGGUUUUAUAUUAUGCAGUCUGAUUAUUCACGACCAAAGCUGCACAAGUCGGUAGCGUCUCUGACUGGGGGACCAGUUUCUAAGUUCUAUGUGGCCUCCAGUCUCAGCUACCUCGCACUUUAUGGAGAACCCGACGGCAAGCAACCUCAGACAAUAGACAGUCGGCACAUGGAAGCAGGCGAAGUACUGCAAGGAUCACAAACAGCUGGAACGGCAACUCUUAAAAAAACACUUAAGGUGAAUACGGAAAAUAUUACGGGAGGAAAGUUUCUCAUUUGCACCGAUGAAAAGGAUGACAAGAUGAUACUGCCCUUGUCCAAGAGUGGUAAAUUCUAUGAAAUAGCUGACAAUUCCGCGGGUUCAGAUGGUCUGAGGAAAAUAUCUGAUGUUAUAUCGAUGAAAGACCGAUUUCCUUUAAAAAUCCGACAUGUCAUCGGCGAGCUCCCCUCCUUAUCGGCCAGUUAUACAAACGUUUUACAGUGUUUGGAUGUGAUUGAAGAGGAAACGGUUUUGGCAUCAACGCUAGACAAAAUGACGAUGAUACCUAUGGAACUGCAGCUCGACUCCCCAUUUAAAUUCAAUAUGGGGUUGAAUGAGAAUCAGUUAAGAAAAUCAGACAAUUAUAGUGAAGCUUUGCAUAUGUGCGAAACGGAUGGGGAAGAUUACGUUCGAGGUAUCAAGAUCACCUUCACCAUUUCUCCCGCAAACUCUCUCAUGACUUCUACCUCUUCUAUCGAAACUGAAGGUAGUUUGGUGUCCCUGGCGAAACCCAAUGCUUCGUUGGAAAACGAAGGUAGCACCACAGUGUCACUUCGGAAGCAUCGUGCUUCAUCAGUGUCAAGUGAAAGGUUUGAGGAUUCUGAGCCAACACAGCUAGAACGCACAUCUUAUGCGGAAACAGAGUCAUCUCUUGAUGAUGUUCCGUCAUGUUACGAUACCGGAAGUGAGAUUGAAGAUGAAGAUGCUCAAUCGGAAUUCAUGUUCAAAUGGGAACCACCGGAAACUGUAAGACGUUCGUCAUCCAAGAAAAAAACCGUUGCAAAAAUGUCUGUCCCGCCAAAAGUGUUCAACAGUUCGAUAAAUACAGUUAACAGUCCGAACGCCUCUGUGGAGGAAAACAUCAAUGUAAUGUGGAAUGAAAAUCCGGAUGUUGUAUAGUUGACUUGCAUUCAGCAUAUAUUAAUGCUGACCAAUAUCAUAAAUAUAUUUGCUAUCCAAACAUACUAGCCGUAAGCAUUGUAGUGCGAGGGAUUCAUACUCAAUUUCCAUUGGCUUGGAAUUGUUGCUCAUUAUAGUUAUUAAUAUUAAACAUUAAUUACAUAAAGUAACAAAAUACUACACCCAUGGACCAAUAAAAUACCAGCUGAUACGUACUGAAAACUGUGCAGAAUGAACAACGACAACGUCACUAUACGAUGAAAAUGCCUUUACCCGGAAACGAAUUACACUUAAAAUGUCAUUUAUAAAUUUUGAGAGACUUCAUGUUUUAGUGAGAUGUUUUGUUAAUCAGGUUCUACCUAUCUAUCAUCAUAAUUACUGAUUAUCAGACCAUGAUACCAUUUUUGCGAUAGCAGGUCCUUCUUUACUGUAAUCUACAAUAUCAUAUAGUUAUUCGAAUUAAAACAAUUAUUUUGAGGUAUCGUAAAGGAACAGAAACCAUGAUUUGGGUUUAUUUUUGGGAAUUGUAGAGGGAUGGUACUGGUACUAGAUAAAAUUUCUGAUUUAUAACGGUGAUACAUUAAUCCGGGCAUUUCACAAGAAAUCUAAUUGCCAGGACAAAUGAGGUUCCACUGAACACGGGAAUUAAGUUAUCCGACUUAUGAAGUUCCAUUGUGAAGUCCUAAGGUUGAGAGAACAAAAAGGGUAUCUGCAUGUUGUUAUUAUCAGUGUCAACACAGCUAAAAUAUCACUAAAACAAUAUUUUGUUACUACUGUAGUAUCCUUAUUAUCAGCAAGGCAAUACAAAAUUAUAUGUGGUAAUACUUAGUUUAACAACAUAACUAUUUGCAAGUAACCAGGUACGAGUUUAUUCUUUAUAGAAUAUAUGGACGGUUGUGCUCAGACACUACGAUUUUGCAGGGUUGAUGUUUUUUAUUAUCAUGUUAUACCAGCAAUAAAAACACCUGUCUUAAAGACAUCCCCGAGAUUUUAACAUUUUUUUAAUGAUACCUUAUUUUUCUUAACGUUGCCUUGUGACCAAUGCGAUGAUUCAUAGUUCCAAACUGAUUAAAGUCCGACCACUGAUAUUACAAGAAAAGUGAUAAUUUUCGGUAAACUGUCAAAAACCACCUGUUGAUUGGCCAUUCAUUUUGACGAUACAAAAUGUAUGUAGCUAGAAUGGAACUUAUUAUCUUCAAACAUCCUUAAAAUUAUCAAGAAUGUAGUAAAGAUAUAAAUCAGAGGGGAUUGUUAACUCAUCUACUUAAGUAUGUUUUUAUGUCAAUUACAUAAGUAUGUGAGAAAUAACGUCCUAUGUACAAAUGAUGGACAAAAUAUCUAGCUUAAUUAACGCUAAGUAUCGAACAGUGCAAUAUCUAUACUUACCCCUGUAAUACUGAGCUUAAGUCUUUGUUGUAUAAAUGCAAUUAAUAUUACAGAU